AUGGUAAAUUAUGGAAAGUUUCGCGAUCAAAAUCAGAAAAAAAUCAAAAAAGAUGGUGACAAUAAUUGUGAUACAAAACACGAUUCCAUGAUUGAGCGCAACUCAUCUUUUCGGAGACGAACAUCAUCAAAUUCAUCACUGACGAAAUUAACAGAUUUGUUUGUCGAUUUAACAGUGCCAAAACGAUGGUUUCGCCAUUUUUACGUGUUGGGUGUAUUAUGGGUUACCUUUGUUACCUAUGAAUUAUUGAUUGUUCGAGAUACAAAUGAUUGUUUAUUUGUGAGGUUGUUGAGGCAUUUUGAAGAUUACUAUUCAACAACAAUAUCAUUAUCCUAUCAACAACCUCGUGGAGAAUGUGUUCUCGCGUUAUUAAUGCUUCAGAUACAAACGACCAGACGUAUGUUUGAAUGUUUUUGGGUAGAGCGACCUUCCCUCGAUUCAAAAAUGCACAUCGGACAUUAUAUGGUUGGCAUUACUUUUUACUUUAUGAUGGGGAUUGCUGUGUGGAUUGAAGGAAGCGGAUGGUUUUUAAAUACUACUUUUGCUUCAGUGAAUGAGUUUUUGGCUAUUCAUAUACCAUUUGCGAUAUUUUUGUUCAUUUAUGCGUCUCAUCAUCAACAUAUUCAACAUAAAAUACUGGCGUCUUUAAGGACAUCCUCGUCACCAAGAUAUUCACUUCCAACCGGAGACUGGUUCGAUGUAAUGUCAUCAGCGCAUUACUUUUCUGAGAUUUUAAUUUACAUUUCAUUUGUCAUAUUAACAAAAGCAAAGAACUUCACAUUAUGGCUCGCUUUAAUUGCUACUAUUUUCAAUCUGAUUCAGUUUGCAAUCGAUAGUUAUCACUGGGAACAUCGAGUUUUUAAAGGAGAUGUAAAGUUACAAAAGAAAAAAUGGAUUAUUAUUCCUUUUAUUUAUUGA